AUGGCCCAACUCGACGUUGACAGUUUGAUGUCCCGGUUACUAAACGUGGGCAUGGCCGGAGGGCGACUGACUACAUCGGUGUCAGAGCAGGAACUUCAGCAGUGCUGCUUUGUUGCUCGACAAGUUUUUAUAUCCCAAUCAUCGCUCAUUGAGUGUGAGCCACCACUGGUCGUUUGUGGAGACAUUCAUGGACAGUACUCGGAUCUGCUACGUAUUUUUGACAAAAACGGUUUCCCACCGGAGACGAACUACCUCUUCCUCGGAGACUACGUCGACAGAGGACGCCAGAACAUUGAAACUAUAAGUCUGAUGUUCUGCUACAGAAUUAAAUAUGCUGAGAGUUUCUUUAUGCUUCGCGGAAACCACGAAUGCCCUGCCAUUAACCGUGUGUAUGGUUUCUAUGAGGAAUGUAACAGACGCUAUAAAAGCUCUAGAUUGUGGAGCUCAUAUCAGGUGAUUCGUCGAGUCACCUUAUUCUCUUCGACGAUUUGA